CACCCUUGCCGACCUCUCGCCCUUCAAAUUCCCACCCUCUACCCUUCCUUCCUUCCAACCCAAUCCACACCUCUCUUUCUCUCUCUACAACUCUUCGAUUUUCUCUCUAAAUCCAUACACGAAGACCCCAUCUAUCUCUAAGGAAACCUGUAAUUUUCCCUGCAAAUCAUAAAGUAUACGAGGAGAGGAGUAUAUACAAGUAUAUAUCUAUUCUUGUUUUUUUUUUUCCAGGUUUUUUUUGCGAUUGUUUUUGGCGUUAAUGGCGCAGAAGACGGAGAAGGAAGAGACGGAGUUUAAGGUCGUACCUGAGACCAUCUCCCUGUGCGUUAAUUGCGGCGUUGCGGGGAAUUCCGCGGCCAAUAAUUUAUGUCAGAAGUGUUUCAACACCACCACGGCCUCCACAGCAGCUUCAGCCGCGGCUACGUCGCCAGGCGGAGCCAAACAUGUAAAUAACGUGUUUGUGGAGAAAUCCUUCAGAUCUAUCACGUGUUCGCCGGAGAGAAAAUUUGAUUCGGCGGAUACGAGUGGAGAUCUGAAGAUAGAGGCGGCGGAGGUGGAGGCGCCUCCGGUGAAGAGACAAGUCAACCGUUGCUCAGGUUGCCGGAGGAAGGUAGGCUUGACUGGAUUUAGAUGCCGUUGCGGCGAGCUUUUCUGCGCCGAUCAUCGGUACUCCGACCGGCACGAUUGUAGCUAUGACUACAAAGCCGCUGGGCGACAAGCCAUCGCUAGGGAGAAUCCAGUGGUCAAGGCUGCUAAAAUUGUUAAAAUAUGACCAAAAAAAGGGUAGAACCGAACCCUGAGCGGACAUUAAGACGCAAACAAGAUAUUCCAAUUCAACACGUAUCUGAAAGGAAAUGAAGAUCGAUGGUCGGCCGACGUGCUGUUGCUGUGUUUCUCUUUGCGUGGAGCCGGGGCGUUCUCUCCAUUCACGCGAAAGGGUGGGAGAAAUCGGCGUGUUAUUUUCUUUUGAAACUCUUAACAGAAAAGGAAACAAAGACUAUUGCGAUGAAACUUCUCUGCCAUCACUUGUUUCUGCUAAAUUUGAUUUCUAUUUGUAUGCCGAUUAUCAUCUUGUUUCAGUUAAAUGAUCCGAAGAACAAUUGCAACUAA